UGGGCGCAUAAUGUUCCCAACGUGAUGUGUCGAUGAUGACGUCAUGGUCGACGCACUCCAUCCUUACCCCGAGACGCAACCUGAUAUUUCCUAGCCUGGAGGUCCCCAGUCUCUCCCUGGGAAGCCGAGGGCACGGGCAGACGUGUGUGAGUGGCCAUGUGUGGAGGCGUGGUGGUGAUCGUGACCCGCUGGUGGCUGGCGUGGCUGCUCUGGACUGUGGCGUGUGUCAUGGCUCUCCUGGGCGCCAACCUCUCCCCCUCGUGGCUCCUGGCGCCCCAGGCCACCGCCCCGACGACGCCUCGACCCCUGGCUCUUGACACCCCGUAUGGGCAACACCACCACACCUUCACAAACAGCCUGCAGGAACAGGCUUCCGGGCGAGGAGGGCCGCUGGUGGAGCAGCGAGCCUCAUUGGGUCUCUGGCUCCGAUGUGCCCUAAUGGGCUCCGAACCCCGCACCGCACUACACUGUGGCGUCUACGUCACCAAUGUACCAGACCUGCCUGCAGCUCAGGUGGUGGCGUUGGUGGGGGUGGUGUCAGCGACGGUACUGACGGUGGUGUCCUGUUUAGCCAUCUGCAGUUCAGCAUGUCUUCGCCUCAUCAAUGGCAGCAAUUGGUUCACCAUCAUCAGCACCAUGCAGGCCACAGCUGGUGUCUUGAGCUUGGCAGGUGUGGCAGCCUUCCCUGGGGCUUGGGACUCGCCUCGGGUGCAGAACCUGUGCGGGGCCGACGCAGGUGUGUAUUACUCCAGCAGGUGUACUGUAGGCUGGGCCACCUACAUCACCCUGGCCGCCAGCAUCGGUCUCCUGCUCUGUACCUGCCUCUCCUCCUUUGCCGCUAAGUCGACCACCACUGAAGACGUCGCCGACGAAGUAAGCAAGGGCAACAAUGUCAUAUGUCUCAUAUAGCGAGAAACCCACACUUGCUUAUUCUGAGUUUUGUGUGAUUUGGUCUUAGCAUUCUCAUUUCUCAGGAAAACUGACCAUUACUCAAUUUGGGUCAUGUAAGGAUAUUUAUUGAUCGUUUUUUAUCACUAUGGGUGGUGACUGGUGAGACAGCUAUUGAUGUCCAUGACUUCACUUAAAGUUCUAGAGGUUGGUUUAAGGGAAACGUUACCUAAAAUCAUACUAAAAGUUCUAGAGGCCUCAGGCCUCUAGAACACGUUGAUAAACUGACUGACACAUGAGCCGAUAGGUGCUCAUCCAGUUGUAUUAAUAGCAUAAGUUUGUUCCUUCAAUUUCCUCUGAAAUACAACUUAACAUAUUUAAAGGAAUACCAGUCAUAUACUUUCAGCAAUAUUGCUGUUCAGUACAUGUAACAGUGUUUGGAAAUGUAUUAUAUAAAGGAUUUUUUAUCGCGGUAACAAUAAUCACCCAGAGCUAUUUAGCUUGUAAUAUGAUUAACUUGGCUUUUUAGAGUUUAAUAUGUAUCAUAUAUAUGUGGAUAUGUCUCUGAUUCAAACUUCGUGUCAAUGUGUAGAUUCUUAAACAUAUUUGAGAAGACGUUUCUUAGUUUCUAGCUUAUGGUCACACCUUGAGAUAGACAGUAUUUCAAAGAGGAAUUUUACUACUGUGUAUUAUCUGUUCAAAAUAAAGUAUUCCAAUUUCAA